CUCUCCGCCAGUGCACACAUGUUCUUCAAGUUUGGUUAUGUUGUCAUUCACAUUUACAAUCAGUGAGAAUCGUUCAACUCGUGUAAACAAGUCAAGUGAAAUAAUCCAGAAAUGUCGAAAACAGUAGAAACCCCUGAAAAUCCUCCCGCGAAAGGCCUCAAAAGGAAGAAGAAGCGUUCAGCAAAUCAGAUGGCCAAGAAGCUAGCCCGCAGACGAGACCCAGGUCACGGCAGUGAAUUAGACUCCGACAGCUACCAAUACAUGGUGCGAAUAAUGGAGGUCCUUCGCACGGAUUUCCCCACGAUGGACGACAAACUAAUUUUCGUGAAUAACGUCUUCGAGCAGACGAUCGCCCACGAGGUCGACUACGCCAAGAACCAGGUGGGCUCUCUCGUCCUGGACACCUUAAUGAAAUACGCAAGCCUCGAUGUUAUCCAGAGGAUGACCGACGCUUUCAGCCCCUCACUGAGGCCAAUCUGCAGCGACAGAUUCGCCAGUCACGUCUUGGAGAAAAUCAUCCAGACAUGUGCAGACAGGGGAAACAGAAAAUGCAAGUCUGACCCAUUAAACAAGAAUGAGGUGCCAAUUGCAGAGGAAGAAAUUGAAAAAUACAACGACAUCACCAUGAAGCUCAGCAAGUACAUGAUAAACAACAUCGAAGAGUUCAUUUACGACACGUACGCCAACCACAUCCUGAGAACCUCGAUCCACUGUCUGGGGGGAUUGAUAGACAAAGAUGGAAAUGAUCAGAAAAAAAAAAAUUUAACACUGACACAACGAAGAGAAGUCAUCCAGGAUUACACAGAUUUACUGUUGGACGCAGGCAAUCGCUUACUGCGAUGGCCCCAGUUCAUCGAAUUCGGUAAGGACGAAUUAACCUCAGGUUUGCUCCAGACCUACCUCCUAACCCUGAAGGACGUGGACCCAAAACUGGCAAGUUCGAUAAUUAAAAAAAUCAUCUCCGAAUGUUUCACUGAGAACUCUGACGACUGUCUGUCCAACAUUUUCGAUGCAGAAAGCUCCCUGAGGCUUCUCGAGACUUGUUUAGCCUCUGCGAAUCCAAAAAUGUACAGCAAGAUCUUCAAGAAGCUGUUUGAGGGGCGUUUGAAGGAGUUAUCUCUGAUGAAGGGCGCCAACUUCUGCGUCCAGAGGCUGAUGGACCACUGUCCCACGAAGGAGGAGUUCGAGGCGAUCUUCAGUGAGAUCUCGGAGUAUUUUCCGGAGAUUCUGGGGAGACAGCACACUGGGGUCCUGUCGAGCCUGGGGAGCGCUUGCCUGAGGCUGCAGGCAAAGCAGGGCCCAUUUGUCAAUGUUGUGGCGAAGGGAUUGAAGUGCGACGAGCCGCAGGAGCGGCAGCUCUUCCUGGUCCCCUUGGCCGCCAGAUUAAUUACGUACGAACAGUUUGAGUCAGCCAAGAGGCAGGGGAGGAGCAUUCCCCUGCAUCUCCAUGGCAGUUUGAUACUUCAAGCUAUUCUCCAAUUCAAUAAACCCAUUAAGAUUGUUAACUCGAUGUUUUCGAUGGAUGCGGAGGAACUGGCUGCGUUAUUCAGUGAUCCAAAGGGCAGCAGGAUAUUGGAUGCCUUCAUGGACAGCAAAUUCGUCGGGGAGAAGAGCAGAGAUAAAUUAGCCAAACAGCUCAAGGGACACUGGGUCACACUGGCCUGUGGCACACAUGGCUCCAGGUGUCUGGACAAAAUUUGGCAGUACUCCAAGGACAAUCAGAAAAUUCAUAUUAUGGAGGAGCUCGCUGCAGCUGGGGAGGCCAUGAAUUCCACGAAAACAGGGAGACUCAUCUCGGCGAAACUUAAUGUUUCUCUGUUUGCACGCAGCAGGAAGGAGUGGAGCGAGGCGAGGGGCAAGGAGGAGAAGGCGAAAACACUUUUUGCCAGUAUUAUUGGGAAUGCUAAGUGAGACGCGAGGCUCUUCGUUUUUCAGUUGUACAGCUGUUGAAUAAAAAAAUAGUGGAGGAACA